CGGGGGCUGAGGUACAAAGUUGACUUUCUCUUUCGCAGCUUCACCUUCUCGUGGGAGCGGCCCUGGAAUCCGCGGAAAAAGAGCCGGCCAUCGUCGCCCCCUUGCUUCAUCCUGCUCCCACUUCGAGGUCGGCUGAAGAUCCCCAGCCACCUCAGACCCCGCAAAGGAGGAGCCGGGAAGAGCGCGCGCGUUGCUCUUCCGCUCACUAAACUUGGCCUCUGCGGCCGCCGUCGCUCGCAGGCGCGGGGGUAGCUGGGAAACGGCAGUGCCCCGGCACAGGAACCUCCGAGGUUGGUUGGUGUCCGCCGCUCAGUGCGGCGGCUUUGUUUGCCUCGGGCUUAUCGUCCUCGGGACACCGCUGCCCGCCUUUGGCUUCGUUGUCUCUGCGCCCGAGCUUCUCUUCCGGAAACCGCUGGAAGGAACCGGAGCGCCGCUAGGCUGGGGCCAACGGGAGGCUGGUCAGCGACGCGAAGCGGCCGCUCGAUGGUCCGUGGUGCCUCAGUGGUAAUAAGAAUAGUGAUGAUCAUUGUAAACGUGUUGGUGUAGCAUCUCACUCUUUGGUGGUCUCACAAUAACUGUCGGACGAGAUCUGAAGAUAUUUUCCUGGAUGUGGACUAAUUUUUCAAAACCACUGUGUGGGGAAAGCAUUGUAUGCCAUUUGUUGAAAAAUGUUUGGGAGAUUGACUCUUCCACAACUGCUUUUUGCUAGCAUCCUUGGAAUUGCUGGAGGGAUGUAUAUUUAUCAACCAAUAUUUGAACAGUACCACCGAGAUCAGAUGGAAUUAAAAGAAAAGUUGAAAUUGGCACAAGAAUCAGAAGAGAAGAAAAGUUAAUACUACAUGGAGUUGAACUGUAAUUGUUUAAUGUUCUAUUGAAAUUAUACAUUGACUAUAAAUAAUCUAAUGAAAACUUCUCAAAUAUGUUUUAAACACAAAUAAAUCAUGUAAUGAUUUUAAAACAA